AUGUCUGGCCACGUAAUUGCUGCAGUACCGUACACGAUUCUACGGAGUGCCCUUCGGUUGUUAAUAUCUCAAGGAUCUGUCAACCAGAAGCCAUUUGUUCACCAUGUCCGGGAGCGGCUGUCAGAAGCCAAGCCGGAUUUCACACCGCCAUUGGAGCUUUUUCCGGUGGGGUCAAGCGAGGCCUCAGUAGUAUUGAUCGAUUAUCUCGCUAGGAUACGGUGCAUAUUCUCUUGCAAGCUCGUGGAAGAGGCCCUGCCACACAUCGUCUCAGCAAAGGCAAUUUGGACCUCGGGCUCGUCCCUUGAGGCGAGUCUGGUCAAGGCAGGUGGAGAUAUUAUUCAAGCAAUCCAAGCACUCAAAGAGUCGGAUCUGCACGCAACGCCAGAAAGGGAGACAUUCCUACGGGCCCUUUUAUCGAGCAUGCAGAAUUGCAGAACCUACUGCAGCGCGAGCGGUCUAGAGUAUCUAUUCAACCGCCCAGAACGGCAAGCCCGGGACGUGUUGAUAUACAUGUACCCACAUCUGGAGUCCGAGUUUACUGUGCCGACAGCGUCCGAUUUGAUCCAGGUAGAUGUUGCCACCCACGAACAAAACACGGGCCAGGUCGAGAGUUUCCAGCUUGGGCAUUUUAGACUGCCUCGACUUUUCAAUGGAUUUUGGCAGCUAAGUUCUCCCGCAUGGGGGUCCGGGACGGCCAAGGAGCAGACAAGAAGCCUCGUCGAACUGGUCGAGGCCGGCUUGACGGCCGCAGACAUGGCCGACCACUAUGGCGACGCCGAGCUUAUCUACGGAGACUUUCGAAACAGGCUGCCACAAGCUGUUAAGUCCAAGGUGUUUUGCGCGACAAAAUGGUGCGUUUUCAAGCCAUGCUCUUUCACUCCGGAAUAUGUUCUGCAUAUGGUCAAAGAGCGUUCCAGAAGAGUUGGCGGAGUAGUAGAGCUACUUCAGUUCCACUGGCACGAUUACAACAAUAAAGACUAUCUGGACAUUUUAGCAGAGCUCGUUCGGAUUACUAAAUCUCACCCAGAGCUUGUAUCGGCAAUCGGGCUGUGCAACUUUGACUCAGAGCAUGCUACAGAGGUGUGCGAGCAUCUUCUAAAGACUGUUGGUGAGGUUGGCGUAGUUUCCAACCAGGUCCAGUUUUCGCUCUUUGACUCGAGACCGCGGAAGAAGAUGGCAGAUGUCUGCGACAAGUAUAGCAUCAAGUUGUUGGUCUAUGGAACAUUCUGUGGCGGCAUGCUCUCUUCGAAGUGGAUGGCGAAACCUGUGCCCGAGAUAUACUCUGCCGAGGUCGGCCUUACACCGUCUCAAAGAAAAUACCUCGACAUCAUCCUGACCUGGUCAUCCUGGGAUGACUUUCAACUACUACUAGUUACCCUCAACGAUAUUGCCCAAAACCACGGAGUAUCUCUGACCAACGUCGCGACACGAUGGGUGCUGCAACAGAGGGGCGUCGGUGCGGUCAUUGUUGGCACAAGGCUAGGCAUGUCGAACCGAUGGAAAGAGAACCUAAAAACAUUCGGCUGGACCCUGAGUAAGGAAGAGAUGGCAAGUAUCGAUGCCGUUGCCCUAGGCAAGGAUGGCGAGAAGUCGGACGGGAUGCUGGAAAAGCUUGGGGACUGUGGAAACGAGUAUCGGGCUAUGCACUAA